AUGGAAAUACACAUUUACCGUUGUCGCAGUCGGACCUGCUUGCCAAUUCCUCAGUUCGGAGAACACUGUUCGCCUUCUUCAAUUAGAGUCGGGCCGAAUUUACACCGGGUGCGAAGAAGAGAAACUGUGUCCAAUAUUCUUUAUGAAGGAGAAGACAAAGUUUGUGAGGUGUACGCAGGAACAAUAGCUUCCAAAAGGUGUUUGACUUGCUGCUUCAGGUGGCGGUGGACGGGAACUGAACCCGGAUCAGAUGAUCAAAAGAUUGUCAGAACCAACAAAACAAGGGUGGAUGACGUGGCGGAUGAUGAGGACAGUGGCCAGUUGGCAACAUUGCUGGCGAUAGAGGGAGCAAAAUGCUUUCUCGAGCUAACAGAAUCUAAGGAUGCAUAG